AAGAAGCAAAGGAGGUGUUACAGUUCAUAGCUGCAAGCUUCCAUAUUAUGAUUUGAGUUUUCGGUCAGAACAUUUGUUUAUAGUUCAUGGUGACUUGUUUCGCCAACGAAACAAUUGCAAUGAAGUUGAUGUGACUAUGAGCGAGAUUACAUUUGAGUUCAACCACAAGAACAUCGGUGACAAGAUUAUUGAGUGUGGUGUACAAAUCAUGAUAGAGGAAGCUGAGGGUAGCAGCAGCAGGGAAUUGGACAGCUAUGAAACUGAGAGUAGCAGCAGCGAAGAUGGAAAUGGAGAUGAAAACAUCAAUACGACAGAGUGGAAUUCUGACGAAGUGGACAUCUAUGAAAAAGAGAGUAUCAACAGCGAAGUGGAAUAUAACGAAACUGGAGGCGACGAUAAUCACCUCACAGAUGGAGAUGGAGACUAUGAAGCAGAAGGUUUCAAGUUCUCUGAAAUUGAAAACAUCAAAACUAGUAAACGAAUGCUGCCCGAAACUCGUGACAAUUCCGGCUCUUCCCCCGUCGCUCAAGUCCCUAAAUGCAAACGAAUGUGUAUAAGGAGGUAUGGAGAUUAAUUUGGAUUUACAAAAAAUUCCGUUUCGUCUU